GGGGAUGCGGAGCACUGAUUUGACGGGAGGAGAACCUUUCCAGGAAUUUGAAGUCUUCUUUUUAUUUUUGUCCUUGCAAGCAGCGAGGAGACCAAUGAGUGACGUCACUGCUGAGACACUUUUUAGGACUUGAGGACACAUGCGAGGAAUUCUUCACGUUUGUGCUUAGUUUUGUGUUAUUGUUUCCUGUUGUGAAGAUUUCAAAGGAAUGGACUUCCAUUGCGUCCCCAAGCAUAGUCACUUCUCAACUUUAGUAGCUUGAAUGCAGUUAUUUCUGCUAUAAAUAGAUUCACCAGAUGCUCUGAUGACUUGUUGAGUAUUAAUAGCAUUGUUUAUUUUGGCAUUUUUACAUUUAUUUCACUUUUAUUGAGUUCAAGGAGCUACUCGUCUUGAGAUUGAGACCAAAUUUCAAGUAAAAAUGGCACAGAAGGAGGGAGAAACGGAGCAGUGGUGCGUCAAGACCGGGGACAAUUUUGGUGCCAAAGCCAUGCCGGGGGCCCCCGCGCCAGGAGGCGGUGUGGUAGUACAGGUCCGCGAGAAGAAGGGACCCCUGAGGGCCGCCAUACCCACAAUGCCCUUCCCUCUGGCGGUCAUCUGCCUCUUCCUUAACACCUUCAUACCUGGACUUGGUACCUUCAUCUCGGCCUUCACAGUGCUGUGCGGCGCCCGCAGCGAGCUGAUCCCCGAGCGAGGCGUGUGCUGCGUCUUCUGGCUCAACGUGGCGGCCGCCCUCAUCCAGAUCCUGACGGCUGUCAUCAUGGUGGGAUGGAUCAUGAGCAUCUUCUGGGGGAUGGACAUGGUCAUCCUGGCAAGUCAGUCUGGACUUUUCACCUUGUUGUCUCUUCUGCUUCUCACCAUCCAUACCUGGAGCCUUUGAGCAACGGUCCUCCUGAAACCGCUAUGUUUAUUAUUAUGGCCCGAGCACCAAGCCAUAGUGUUGGGAAGGCCUUUGUGAAACCACUAUGUUUAUCAUUAGGGUCCGAGCACCAAUCGAUAGUGUUGGGAAGGCCUUUGUGAAACCACUAUGUUUAUCAUUAGGGCCCGAGCACCAAUCGAUAGUGUUGGGAAAGGCCUUCUUGAAACCGCUAUGUUUAUCAUUAGGGCCCGAGCACCAAGCCAUAGUGUUGGGAAGACCUUUGUGAAACCACUAUGUUUAUCAUUAGGGCCAGAGCACCAAGCCAUAGUGUUUGGAAGGCCUUCGUGAAACCACUAUAUUUAUCAUUAGGGCCCGAGCACCAAGCCAUAGUGUUGGGAAGACCUUUGUGAAACCACUGUUUAUCAUUAGGGCCCGAGCACCAAGCCAUAGUGUUGGGAAGGCCUUCUUGAAAGCGCUAGGUUUAUCAUUAGGGCCCGAGCACCAAGCCAUAGUGUUGGGAAGGCCUUUGUAAAACCACUAUGUUUAUCAUUAGGGCCCGAGCACCAAGCCAUAGUGUUGGGAAGGCCUUCGAGAAACCACUAUAUUUAUCA